AUAAAGGAACAGGAAUAGACAAAGGAUGGCAAAAAGCGCUUGGAAGAAACAAAAAGCUGAGAGCAAUGAGUCUUCAGUUUGUGGUUUGGCUAUGAAUGGAUUGCCAGUUGGGGAAGACUUGCUGCCUAAAGCUUGUUGGGAGUCUGCUCAGGAGUUUUUAUGCGCUUUUCCACAAGGAGCAUAUACGACUAUGCUUACUGCGAAGAAUAUGCACAGUAUUAUUGCGUUGAAUAGACAUUUGAAUCGACUUGCUUCAUCUCUACAAGCUUUGAGAGAACAGCAGCAAGUUGUUGUGGAUGAUUCGAGAGACUUUGAUUGCACUGUUUCGUCUUUAAGAGAGUCAGUUAUUCUGACUAUUCGGGAAGCCAUAUUUUGCUUAGAAAAGAAGCUGCAUUCUUUCAUGAAACAAAACGCAAAGGAUUAUGCGGUUUGUGUGGUCGUAUUGGUUCCACUCAAGGGACGACAAGUUGUGGCUCGAGCUUCGUCAGUUCAGUGGAACUAUCCAAGUCAACAUAUUUUACAGUGUGUUUACUUUUCGAGACAGUGUCCUGGUGCAAAAGAUUCGUUAUGGGUGCAACAACGUUUGCCUCUGUAUUAUACUCAUAUUGAUAAGAAUAAAGAACAUCCAAAGGAACUUUUGUUGGUAGCAGAGAAUAACACUUGUUUGGAAGGAAGUACAACCAAUUUUUUUGUUGUUUAUAGCCAAGGUUAUGUAAAGACUGCAGGAAAUGGAGUUCUUGGUGGAAUAGCAGCACAAUUUGUAGAAAAGGCCUGUCAACUACUCCAUAUUCCAUUGUUAUACGAUGCCCCUGGAUUGCAUGAUAUAGAAGAUUGGAAGGAAGUUUUUAUCACCAACUGUAUCAAAGUUGUAGAACCAGUACAAAGUAUUUAUUUACCGUCAACGAUGCAACAACGACAAGUCAAUUUCUCGAUUCCCCAUUAUUCAUGGACUUGGAAAAUACGUGAAAAAGUAUUAGAGUUGAUGCUUGGAGAGACCUAUGAUGUAUAUUCAGAUGCAGAUACAUUCGGAAGGAAACAAAGGCUUUGGAAUCAUUUCUUACAACUCCAAUCCUAGCAAGUUGCAAAAGAAGGAUUGAGC